AGAGAGAGAACGAGAGCGAGCGAGUGAGAGAGUGAGAGAGAGAGAGAGAGAGAAAGCGAGUGUUUGUUCUUGUGUGCAGUGCAAUGUGCUGAAGGUGUUUGGGAGAUUACACACUGAGUUACGAACAUGAAGUCUCCAUCCUGCACGGCCAACAUGGACUCGGUGAGAAAGGACAGCUUUUUGUGGGGAAAAGCUCCAACAGCUGUCAGUCUGAAGGAGAAGAAGCAGACUGAAACCAUCAUCAUGCACAAGAACAACAUUCUUGAUGAUAUCCAGAAACUCCGGUUGGAGAUCGAGACCGUCAUGAGCGAGAUCCACACCAUGGAGUCCAACGAGGAGAAUAAGAACAUUGUGAUGAGCAGAAUGUUCCUCUGCGGGAAGAAGAAGUUCAACAUGGAUCCCAUAAAGGGUAUCCAGUACCUGUUAGAUAAUGAUCUGUUGGAUGAAACUCCAGAGACGGUGGCUGAGUUUCUGUACAAAGAGGACGGACUGAACAAAACAGCCAUCGGGAACUUCCUCGGGGAAAGGGAAGAGUUCCAUCUACAGAUCCUGAAAGCUUUCGUAGAUCUCCACGAGUUCUCCGACCUGAACCUGGUGCAGGCUUUGAGGCAGUUUCUAUGGAGCUUCCGUCUCCCGGGUGAGGCUCAGAAGAUUGAUCGCAUGAUGGAGGCCUUCGCUCAGAGAUACUGUACCUGCAACCCCGGCGUCUUUCAGUGCACAGACUCUUGUUAUAUUCUGUCCUUCUCCAUCAUCAUGCUGAACACCAGCCUGCACAACCCCAACGUGAAAGAGAAGACCACUCUGGAGCGCUUCAUCAGCAUGAACCGAGGCAUCAACCAGGGAGGAGAUCUUUCCAGUGACCUCCUGACCAAACUGUACGAGAGCAUAAGAAGUGAACCGUUUAAGAUCCCGGUGGAUGAUGGGAACGACCUCACACACACCUUCUUUAACCCCGACCGGGAGGGAUGGUUGCUCAAAGAGGGGGGCAGAGUGAAGACCUGGAAGAGGAGGUGGUUUAUUCUGACAGACAGCUGCCUGUACUACUUCCAGUACACCACUGACAAAGAACCCAAGGGGAUCAUUCCUCUGGAGAACCUGAGCAUCAGAGAGGUGGACGACCCACACAAACAGUUUUGCUUUGAGCUCUUCAUCCCUCACAGUAAAGGACAGAAGAUAAAGGCGUGUAAAACAGACCCGGAUGGUCGAGUGGUUACGGGGAAACACCAGGCGUACAAGAUCAACGCUGCUUCUGCUGAGGAGAGAGACGACUGGGUUCAGGCUAUCAGAGCCUGCAUCACUAAAGACCCGUUCUACGACCUGGUGUCGGCUCGCAAACGCAAAAUCAUCACCAACAACAACAGCAACACCAUAUAGUGCAGUAACUGAAGCAUAGCGUAACUGAUUUCUUCAUCAUCCCACCAACCUCCGACUAUUGCAGAGUCACUGGGAGGUGGAAUAAAUUCCCCUGAAUUGAGGGAGAAGGUCACUCUGGAGUCAGACUGAGACGGGUGAAGACCACAGAGCGGUUCUAAACCCACUGCCUGGAGUUCUCACACCUACACUUCCUCGUUUCUGUAUAAACUGCUUUUAUCUCUUGGUGCUGAGCUAAGAAAUUAUUUUCAUAAUUUAUUUUUGGAAAUAAAACCUGACACACACACACACACACACACACACACACACACACUUCCCCUACAUAUCAGCAUUAACUCUAAAAAGUAGUAGUUUGCUGUAAGUCUCAGGGGGGGCGGAGCUUAAUUUAGUGCAUUGUGUAGUUUUUUAUUUCAAAAAUUUUAUGUAAAUACUGACUUUAUUAAAAUCAGGUUAUAAAGCUGACACUGUACAUACACUCUCUCAGGGUCCAAUCAAGCCCUAUGUCAUAUGAUGUGUGUUUUUUCUGUGUUGUAAAUGUUUUUAGAAUAAACCGACGGUGUAAUUAA